AUGAAGACAACCACCGCGCUCGCAGCCCUCGUCGGCACCGCCGCUGCCGGCGUGCACAAGAUGAAGCUCGAAAAGGUCCCUCUCGAGCAGCAGCUCUCAGCUGCUAGCAUCAAUGACCACGUCAACGCUCUGCGCCAUAAGUACACCCAGAAGCUCCUCGGCGGCCCUUCUGAGGACAUCUUCCGCCACACAGCGAUCGAUCUGGAGAAAGGGCCGCACGAAGUACCUAUCGAGAACUUCCUGAAUGCUCAAUACUUCUCUACCAUCGCCCUCGGAACUCCCGCACAAGAGUUCAAGGUCAUCCUCGACACCGGAAGCAGCAACCUCUGGGUCCCAAGCUCCGAGUGCGGCAGCAUCGCGUGCUACCUGCAUCAGAAGUAUGAUUCAUCCUCUUCGUCGACAUUCAAGAAGAACGGCUCCGAAUUCGGCAUUAGAUACGGGUCAGGAGAGGUGUCGGGCUUCAUCUCGCGCGAUACAAUGCAGAUAGGCGAUCUGAAGGUUAAGGACCAGCUGUUCGGCGAAGUCACCAACGAGCCAGGUCUUGCAUUUGCCUUCGGCCGAUUCGAUGGCAUUCUCGGGCUGGGCUACGACACGAUCGCGGUCAACAAGGUUCCGCCUCCAUUCUACGAGAUGGUCAACCAGAAGCUGCUGGACGAGCCUGUCUUUGCGUUCUAUCUCGGCGACACCAACUCUGGCGAGGAGUCCGCUGUGACCUUCGGCGGCGUGGAUAAGAGCCACUACACUGGCAAGCUCACCAAGAUCCCUCUCCGUCGCAAGGCCUACUGGGAAGUCAACCUUGACGCCAUUACCUUUGGGGAAGACAGCGCCGACCUGGAGAACACCGGCGCUAUCCUCGACACGGGCACGUCCCUCAUCGCCCUGCCCAGCACUCUUGCCGACCUGUUGAACGCCAAGAUUGGCGCUAAGAAGGGCUUCAACGGACAGUACACGGUCGACUGCAGCAAGCGCGACAGCGCGCCAGAUAUGACCUUCACUCUCUCCGGCUACAACUUCUCCAUCACCGCUAAGGACUACAUCAUGGAUGUGCAGGGCUCCUGCAUUUCCGCUUUCAUGGGCAUCGAUUUGCCAGAACCAGUUGGACCACUCGCUAUUCUCGGAGAUACGUUCCUCCGCCCUUGGUACAGCGUCUACGACCUCGGCAGCGACUCCGUUGCCCUCGCUCGCGCGGCUUAA